AGUGCGCUCAGCUGACUGGAGGGAGGGGCUAGCAUUUAGCAUUUAGCUGUUGUUGUUAGCUCCGCGUGCAGUGUGUGUGUAUGGUCCCUGUAGAUCUCAGGGAUUCGAACCCUCAGUGCAACAUGUCUCGGUUCAGCUCGGACGUGGAGGACGAGCCGGACACACCGCUGCUCCACCGGGGACACGAGGACAAAGUGCACAGAGCUCCAGUGUGCUGCUCCUCGCGCUAUGGCCUGGCCCUGCUCUCCUCUUACGGCUUCUUCGUGGUCUAUUCUCUGAGGGUGAACCUCAGCGUGGCCAUGGUGGACAUGCUGAACAUCACCCACCAGGCCGACGCCAACCACAGCGGCACAGUGUGUCCGGCUCAUGCAAACCCUGCACGGCCCAAACACAACCACACGGCCAGCGUGUACGACUGGGACUCGGAGACGCAGGGCUGGAUCCUGGGCUCCUUCUUCUACGGCUACAUCCUGACUCAGAUCCCCGGCGGCAUCCUGGCCGGCCGCUACGGACCCAAGUGGCUGAUGGGCUUCGGAAUCCUGGGAACUGUGGUGUUUACACUGCUCACCCCCGUGGCUGCCGACUUGGGUGCAAGCUAUCUCAUUGCUGUCAGGGUGCUGGAGGGCAUCGGAGAGGGAGUCACGUUUCCUGCGAUGUACACCAUGUGGGCGGCGUGGGCCCCCCCGCUGGAGAGGAGCCGGCUGCUCACCAUCUCCUACAUCGGAGCCCAGCUGGGGACGGUGAUAUCUCUUCCUCUGUCUGGUGAAAUCUGCUUCUACCUCGACUGGACCUACAUCUUCUACCUGUUUGGUGCUAAUGGUCUGCUGUGGUUCAUCUUGUGGGCGUUUCUGGUCUUCGACAGUCCCAACACUCACCCACGGAUCUCAGAGCGGGAGAGACUCUACAUCACCAACUCACUGAAGAACGAGCUGUCCACAUCUGCAGGCCACAUCCCCUGGAGAGCCAUCGUGACCUCCAGGCCUCUGUGGGCCAUCGUCGUGGCUCACUUCUCCUACAACUGGACCUUCUACACCCUCCUCACCCUGCUGCCCACCUACAUGAACGACAUCCUGGGAUUCAGCAUCCAGCAGAAUGGUUUCCUCUCCGCUCUGCCCUACCUGGGCUGUGCGGUGUUCGCGGUGCUGAGUGGGCAGAUUGCAGACUACCUGAGGGAAACCUGCCGGACGCCCACGGUCACCGUCAGGAAGGUGUUCUCCCUCCUCGGUAUGAUCGGGCCGGCCGUGUUCCUGGUGGCUGCUGGUUACACCGGCUGUGACUACGUCCUGGCGAUCACCUUCCUCACCAUCUCCUCCGCUCUGGGUGGAGUGUCGGCCUCUGGAUUCAACAUCAACCACCUGGACAUCGCCCCUUCGUAUGCUGGGAUUCUGCUGGGAAUCACAAACACCUUUGCCACCAUCCCUGGCAUGGUGGGACCAGUCAUCGCAAGAGCCCUCACCACAAAUAACACCAUAGAGGAAUGGCAGACGGUCUUCUACAUCGCUGCCUCCAUCAACCUGGUCGGAGCGUUGUUCUACACCGUGUUCGGCCGGGGGACGGUGCAGCCCUGGGCCGUCCACACGUCCCUGCCUCUUCACGGGGACUGAGGCGGAGGACGAGCUCCGGACUUGGACGUGGGACGAUGACGGUUAUUCGGACAGACAAAUCACAAUCGAGGGUUUAUUACAGAUAGUCGGGCGGCGCUGCUAAUUCUCAAAGCUCAGUAACAGUGAGGAAGAGCCUUGAUUGUUUUUCUGUGGAUGUGGGUCGUGACCAACCUGCAGUGACAGAAGCAGAUUUGCACUUUGAGUUCAGCAGAAAUGUUUUGGAGACGAAAUAACAAAUUGAGCCAAGUCAAAGAAACACUGUUCAGCGUCUCAGCAUGAGGGUCAGCUCUGUUAUUAACUAGUUAGAUAAGAGAAUCCUUUCAGUUUAGAUAGUUCAAGCUUGAUGAGUAUAUCGUGAUGAACAAGCUGUGAAACACAAAGGAUCCCACUUCCUUUACUUUGUGGUUUCCAGGGUUCCCAGUUAAAACCAAAUUAUUCCUCUCACUUGUUAUUUCUGCUCGAGCUCUUUUACCCGUCUUGAGUUUUAUUGCCAGAGUGAAAGUCCACACUCUUCAGAAGGACGUUGUCUCACACUUUUACAUGUACAGUUUGGGAUAACACAAAAGCUGCUACACUACAACCCUUAAGGAGGUGCCAGUAAUGCCUCGUUCACAGGAGCCAAACGUUGGUUCUUCACUUAUCGUCACCAGAUGAAUACGUGACGACCGCAGCCAAUGACUCAGAAAGUCUGAACUUUGUUUAAAUGUUAAAACGGUUAAAAAUGUUUUCUUUAGAACAACAAACGUGUCAUCUCCAACCAGGUGGAUACGGUCUUUUUGUUUUAGAUGACGGCUGCACAGCACAAAUGCCUUAAAGUGACACCUCAUUAUAUUAUAUCAAAGCUUUUUGUCUUUAACGAGCCUCUUUGUAUAUUACUUCAAUACACUUUGAAGUAAUAUACGAAGGCAACUGGACUUGAGAUCCUUCAAGAUGUUUUUUCCCCCCCUCAGUCUUUUUUUUAACCAUUUCUUUGUAUGUACUUGCUCAGACGUGGCAGUAAAGGGAUUUUGUGUGUCCACCAGUGUGUGUUGUCUUCUCAAGUUUAGUAGCAGCCCUGAGUUAAAGCCACUGGAAAGGGCCGGUCAUGACUUUCCAGUCUGUAACACUAAGAUGAUGUUAAGCUGCAGGUGUAACCAAAGGGAAAGAAAGAGGUUUCUGACGGACACAGCCUCGUUUCAUUCACAGGAGUUUGGGCCAAUUCUCAGGUAUCGUGAAACCGGGACUAGAGAGAUCCGGUUUUCUCCCAUAGGUUUUGACCACAGAGACAAAAAUUAAGUUCUGGAGCACAAGUAGCAAGAUCGUCCCAUUUCAAAAUGGAAAUGUCCUCGUGCCUUAUUCCAUUAUCUUAAAAGGGAUCGGACAGUUCAGGUGUUUUAUUGUUUCCUUCUGUUCUCUGCUCUUUUCUUACUUCAGUUUUACAUUCAUGUUGAGAUUAAAGGGACUUUUGUAUGAUAUGCUGUAAAUAAACUACACCAAGUGAAAUCAAUGUAAACUUCACCCUGGGAACCUCCCAGAGAGAACGUCUUAAUUCAGUGUCAUGUUCUGUAAAUACUUCAUCAUAUAAAAGCUAGGCUUCAAUCUCA